GCACGACUCAACAAAUGCAUCCCAUUUCCCUCCACCAUCACAUCCCACACUUCCCGCGAUCGAUGUGACUAUCAUCACGUACAAAAGUAUUACCGGCCGAGAACCAAGACAAUGUCCGUGGCAGCCCCACGUGGUCCCAAACGCGGCCCAACCGUGCUCGUCACCGACGCGCGCGAAACCCGCCCUCAAGCCCGCCCUACAGUACAGAGAGCCGGCACGCGCCUCAUAUCCGUCGACAACGUCCUGCAGUACGCCUCCGAAAUCCCCUCGGCGCAGCGCCGAGACCGCGGUCCCCCGGGGGCGUCCGCCAUGUUGCACAAGCGCACGCCGUCGGGUCGGCACCCGCUCGACCCCAAACUAGCGGGCACGCGGAUGGUGGCGGGCGCAGCGGCCGCGACCCAUCUACCUGCGCGCAGCUCGAAGACGAGCGAGAAGUUGGUGCUGCUGCCUGAGACGACGGAGGAGGGGGAGAAGGAGGACUUUGAGGAAGAGGAGGAUGAGGAGGAGGGGCCGCCGAAAGACGAAGAGCUGCGGAAGCGACGACUGAAGCUCGUGCGUGGGAAGAGUCAGGCGGAGAGAUUGCCGAAGUCGCAGCGAGCGGCGGAUUUGCAGCUUGCGAGGGUGACGGCGUAUUGCACGGCGCAGAGUUACAAAUUGCGGAGUACGGCACAGUUUGUGCGGGACCAGCAUGGGGCUAAGACGAAGCUGUACGACGAUUGCUUGUACUGUGUCUACCAGCUCCCGCUGCUGGGAGGCAGUGAUGGGUAUCGGGUGAGGAGCUCGCCGGUAGUGCGGAGCGCAGGAGGCAGAAGUGUGCUGGACGAGCAGAUUGAAGUCAAUGAGCAGAGACAGUACCGAGACGAUUGGGUCGGGGAAAGCGAAGAGUAUAGCGUGCGCGGGAACGAAUACAACGCAGGCAACGCCUCCUCGCCACCGAGAGCAGAGAGGCUUGAGGUGGAGCGCCGUAUAGAGGAGGAGAUGAGUCGGGAUGCCGAAGACGGCGAGCGACGUGCUGCCGAGCAAGACUGGAACACGCGCGAAGAGCAGCGCGAGCAGACCGACGACAACCUCCGCCGACAAAGCAGCGAGUCCUCCGACCCCAUUCCCUACCCAUCCCCGCAACCGACCAUCAGCCCCAACGCCACCAGCACCGCCGAACUCUACAUCUUCAGCUACGGCGUCGCGGUGCUCUGGAACUUUUCCUCCAACCAAGAAAAAGACCUCCUCGCCGACCUGACCUUCUCCUCCAUGGCCGCCAGCGCGCUCGCAAACAACAGCAGCAACGCCUCCGUCAGCGUCAAGGCCGCCGCUCUCGCACCCCCUUCCAGUCUUCUACCACUCAUGACGCGCCCACUGGACGAAUCGGACUUUGAGACGGAGGAGUUCCACUUCCAGUACGACUCGAGCGUGUCGAAGCCGCGGAUUUUCAACGAUAUGAUUACGCUGCGCACUAGUGAUCACAUGAUCAAAUUGGCCAUGAGCCAUGCGAUUGCGCAGAGUACGAAGCUGUCGUUUUUCGAGGAGCGCAUGCAGCGCACGAUGACGGAGGCGCAGUAUGUGCCGAGAAGACUGGCGUUGGAGGGAAGGUUGGGGAUGAGCAGGAAGGAAGUGGUGGGUUUGGUGGGGAGAUUAUUCGAAGGGCGAGUGGAUGUGAAUCUCUCAUCCAACAUGCUCGACACGCCCAACUUCUUCUGGGACAGCGAGCCAACACUGCACCCCCUCUACCAAGCGGUGCGCGAGUACCUCGAAAUCAAGCCGCGCAUCCAGGUGCUCAACGAGCGCUGCCGCGUCUUCCUCGACCUCGCCGAGAUCCUGAGCGACAGCAUUGCCGACGUCAAGAUGACGCGCAUCACGUGGAUCAUCAUCAUCCUCAUUGUGCUCAGCAUUCUCGUCACGUGCACGGAGGUGGUGCUGCGGUUUGCGAUUUUGGCGAGUGAAAAGGGGAAGGAGGGGGGCAGUCGGGUGGGUGUUGGGGAUGGAGGGGAGGUGUUGGGGUUGCUUGGAAUUGGGGGUGGGAGUUUGGGGAGUUUGGAGCUGUGA